GACGCGUUUUGUAGCGGCCGGCCCGCUGUGCGGCUCCUCACGCGGCGGGCAUGCAGCCGGGCGGCGAGCUGGGCUCCACCGUGAGUCCCUUCGGCUGGUUCCCGCCGCCGCUCCGCCCGCCCCUCUUUUGCCCGCCGCCCCCUUGGGAGCACGGCUUCUGGCCGCCGCCCGACGGCUACGCCCCGCCGCCGGCAUGGUACCCGCCGGCCUAUCAGGAGCCCCUGCGGCGGCCGCACGGUGGUGGAAAUGGCCAUUUUCCCCAGGAAUGGCAAGGAGAGCAAGCGCCUGGGUUUCAUAAGCGUUCUCCAGGUGGAAACAACAGGCAGAAGAACAAAAAGAAGAAGGAGCCAGUUUUCUCUCACUAUUGUGAUACCUGUGACCGAGGCUAUAAAAACCAGGAGAAGUAUGAUGAACAUAUUUCACAACAUACGCAGUGCACAGAAGAAGGAUGCAAUUUCAAUGCACAUGAGAAGUUAGUUCAGAUACACUGGAAAAACGUACAUGGACCUGGUGCUAAAAGAAUAAAAUUAGAUAGUCCAGAAGAGAUUGCUAGAUGGAGAGAAGAAAGAAAAAAAAAUUUUCCUACAUUAGCAAACAUUGAGAAGAAGAAAGUUAUGCAGAUGGAGAAGGAGGAAAGAGGAGAAGUCCUCACCACCCCGCAGUUUGGCAAAAUGAAGGGAAUGUGGAAAGCUACAGAAGAUGAGAGGUCUGGGCAGCAAGGAAAGCAGAAGAGAAAACAGAAGCGUCAGUUCUGGAAGAAAUUUAAGAAAAAUGGUGGUGAUAGUAAUGUACCAUCACAAAGAAAUCAAAAUGAAGCUAAUGGACCAGGAAACAGUACAUGUGAAAAAGAACAUGAAAAACAGCCUGCUUUGGAGACUCAGCCAUGCAUGAAGGACGUUGACCCGCUCAGUUUUCUGGCAAACAGUGAUGUUGAGUCUGACAAGGAUGAAGCAGAAACUGAAGAUGCGAAGCUGGAGAUGACUGUUGUUCCCAAACAGGUCACCUCAGCCUUGAGUUCACUGUCAGCUAACUAUGGGAGUGCCUCUGAGAGUGAGCCUGAAGAAGUCUCUGUCAAGAUUGCAACAAAAGCUGAGGAAAACGAAGCAGCGUUCAGAAAUACACCUCAGAGUCCUGAUGUUCCUCAGAAUCCAAAGCUGAAUCAGGAGCUUCCAGAAUCAACAGACACAAUGCUAAGAAGCUCAAACUCAAAUGCAGGUGCUCCCAGAGUCCCUGAUAAAAGGGCAAGGAGAACAUUACCUCUCCUUCCAAAGCGUCGUCCAACUCUGCUGGAAAUGUUACUGGCCCAGGACAUCCGACAUGAAAGGAAUGUGAUUUUGCAGUGUGUUCGAUACAUUGUACGAAAUGAUGUGUUUGGACUUCAUUUGAAAGCAGAAACAGAAGCUAAAACAGAGACUGGACAGGCCUCUAAAACUACAGCAGAGACUUUGACAGACAAGCUCGAUGGAUCUCGCUGUUCUUGUAGCUCUGACCUUCAGUUAGCAGGAAAAGAAAAAGAUGUGUUAUUAAUAGCCCAUGGUGAGGAAGCACCCAUAUAUCAGGUAUCACAGAUGCAUCACUCAGCGGAUGAGGAGGUAUGGGAAGCCCCAGUAAUUCACUGUGAAGAAGGUGUCUGAAGAUGAUAAAGGCUCAGCUUUUCUACCUGACAUCCAUUUUUCUUUUUUGGAAGACAUAAUUAUUACAAAAUCAUUAAAGUAUGUAAUGAGAACGGUUAAAACCAUGUUUCUGUUCUGCUCUGCCUGAGGUGACUGCUUCCUUGUGAAAACAGCAUCCGUGUUGAGUCAUUUCCCCAUGGCUGAAAUACAGCAGUGGCACAGGGUGUGAUCUGUCCUAGAGAAGGUGUGCAUCCCUGGUUUUGAGCUUCAGAUCUCUAAUGUUUUACUUUGUUAUGGAUGGUGUCAGUCCAUUGCCACAGCCAAAUAGUGCUGGAGUAUGGUGGAUCCUUUUCAUGUGAAAUCAUGGCCUAGAGUGUAUAUGAGUAUCUGAGCUUCUGGAGUUAUCUGAAUGUUUUUCUUAAAUGAUUAUUCAUUACAUUUCUUUCAGCUGUUAGUGGUCUGAAGUAUAAAUGGAAAAAAAAAAAUCCAAGUGGGAGAAAUAACUGGCUUGGCUCUAAAAGCACUGCUUGUACCACGAGUAUCUAAUUGAACUGAGCAGAGAAAUAGAAAUGAGAGAGCGCACUGAUGCAAGAAGGAUUUUUUUUUUUAAAAUGUCAGUGUCAGUAACUACUGCUUGUAUCAGUGCUAGGCCUGUUUGACCUCAGGUAGCCAUUGUUACACAUUAGACCUUAAUUGUCAUAGGCAUUACCUGUCAGGUUUAACUCUUGAAGCAAACUCCUGGUACUAAGAAUAUGAGGUUGACUAGAAAGGUUGCUAAGAGAUGGUUGUUUCUCUGUCUUCAGUGUUCUUUGGGCAUUUUAGUUUGCUAUCUGGAGAAAUGUCUUCCUUGGCCUAUUGGUGGAUGUUUGUACAGUAUCUAAUGACUUUUCAUGGAUUUGUGCAUACUCAUUCUUCUGUGUGGCUGUACACACAUGAACUGUUGUGAACGCUGGCAGAAAAGAAAACCAAACCAUCAGCCAAGGUUUAGGAACAAGUUCUCUUGAUUAAAUUGUGCAUUUGUUUGUUAGAAUCCUUCUUGUGCAAGUGUUAGUUUGUCACACUGACACUGAAAACAUGUCAUGAAAAUAAUCUGUUAUCAAGUCUUCCACUUCAAAGUAUUUUGCUUUGUGUCUUUUAGUCAUGGUUAAAUGUCAGAGCUGAGUUACCUUCUCAGGGAUUAUGGUUUUCUUUGGUGGAAUGGAGGGCUAGACUGCUACCACCUAAACAUGACUCUUGUUGCUGUUUAAUGUUAUGUUCUGUCCUCUGGUUUCUUAAAUUAGAAUUUGUGCCAUACAUUUCAUCUGUGGUGUAUAAAAAAAAAAA